AUGACUUUUUUCUCAAAAAUUGAACCAAACUGCACUGCGAACACCCCUACUACUUACAGACAGCUCAUCGGCCGACUCAUUUAUCUCACAAACACUAGACCUGAUAUCUCUUAUGCUGUGGGAUGUUUGAGCCAGUUUUUGGACUAUGCAACCACUUCUCACCUACAAGAUACUUUUUGCAUACUCCGAUAUUUAAAGGGCAGACUUGCAACUGGUUUAUUCUUCUCCUCUACUUCUAAUCUGCAUCUCACCGAAUUUGCCGAUGCUGACUGGGCUACCUGUGUUGAUACUCGUCGUUUCGUUUCCGGUUAUUGCUUCAUACUUGGGAAGUCUCUCAUUAGCUGGAAGAGUAAGAAGCAAAUCACAGUUGCCAAGUCCUCUCCAAAAGCUGAAUAUAGGUCUCUUGCUGUUGCUACUUGUGAAGCUAGUUGGUUAUCUUUCUUAAUGAAUUUCAUUGGUUUGCCGCUUCAAAAGUCUAUCAUUCAACCAUUCAUAUUGCCAAUAAUCCCAUCUUUUAUGAAAGAACCAAACACAUUGAAGUGA